CAACUGAACACGGAAGUUUGUCUCCCCGACCCAGAGGAAACUAUUCAACAACAGUUUUCUUAUUGUGUUUCCAUAAAACUACUGUUAAAUCCUGACAGUAAACCUGUUUUUUCUCCAUCAAGAAUGUCACCAUCCUGAGAGGUUUACAGCAGCCGUCAGUCAAAGCAGACCGGAAAUUUUACUACUUCAAGUUUAGGAGGUUUGAGGACAGAUGAACCAGUUUGGUAAACUAGCAAGAUGACUGUAACUGAGCACUUUAAGACGACUUUCAGACUUGUCAAAGAUGUCGUUCCUGUUUUCACAAGCGGCAUUCUCACAGUGGUUCUUUUAUCAUUUGCUGUAUUUGGUAUCCAAACAUUUUUCAACUUAACCGAAGGUGUCUUCAGCGUUGGCGCAAGCGUUUUUCGAAAUGGACACCUCCACAGGCUCUUCAUGUAUCCCUUUUACCACAGAACCGUUCCUCAGCUUCUCCUGAACAUCGCAGCCCUGGUGUUUCUCAGUGGCAGUUUGGAGAAAGGUGUCGGCACCGUCCGGUUCCUGUUCUUGUUCCUGCUGCUCUCCUCCACCUCGGGCUUGUUGUACAGUUUCUUGGACCUCCUGCAGGAUGACAGCAUCCAGGGCCACACUGAGGGUUUGGUUCCUGUGACUCUGGCCUGUGUGGCUCUGACUACCAUGCAUACAAAGAUGACCAGAGCUUUUCUGUGUGGAGUCAGUUUCCCUACCAUGGCCCUCCCCUGGGUGUUCCUCAUAAUCACCGCUGCCCUCAUCCCUCACAGUGUGCUGCCCUGUAAUAUCAUCGCCAUCCUGGUUGGGUGGAUGUACGGUAAAGGAUGGUUCUCUCUUCUGGACAUGUCUGAGGCCAGAGCUGGCCUUCUGGAGAAGAUGACACCUUUCAGGUUGUUGAGGGGCAUCAGUGGUGUUACUUUCGUCCCCGCUUCUACAGAGGAGAGGAGGAAGACCCUGCUUCCACAAAUCAAUCCCACCCCAGGGUCUUACCCGGUCCAGGCUUAUGCUCCGUUGUCCAGCAUCAACGCUGCUAGCAACACAGCUAUGAUGUAUGAAGGUUGGCCACAGUCAGCUGGUCCCAUGUCCACUCCCAUACCUCCUCUGAAUCUUCACGGACAUGUCUCAGCACAUAACUUUGGAUUAAGUCACGCACACUUUUCAGAGCAGAGUUCUGGACACAGCUGCAACCACAGUCAUGGUCAUAGUCAUGGUUAACAAUAAUGAUGGUUAUUUGUAUGAUUUAUUUACAACAUUCCAGCUAUGAAAAUAAGCCUUAUUCUAUCAGUACUACUGUAUUUUUCACUGCUAAACUUGGUGAGCUCUGACUGUGUGUAGUAACAUUUUUCUGAAUGUUUAAAUAUUAUGGGUGACUUUUAUAAAUUAAGAAAAUGUACAUGUUUUUAAAAAAAAUUCUGCUAUUAAAUACAUAAAAACCCACAGAAAGUCUUUAAAAACUUCUGCUGUAAAUUUAGCAUAAAGGCAGUAGACAUCCUGCCGCAUGUUUAGGAUAAGAAAUUUAAAAAUGGAAAGUCUCUGCAUGUGAUGUUUUCGGUACCGUCAUGUUAUGUUCUAACCAUGUUUUUUUAAACGAUUUCUAAAUAUAUCUUGAUUACCUGAGUAUGGUGUUAACAGGAUAUAAUUAGGUUAGUGUGUUUAUUUUCAGCAAAUUGUAUUUUAUUGGGCAUUAGAGAAAACCAAAGGGUCCAAAUGUGAAUUUUAUGUUGCCAGUUAAGUUUAGGAUGAUGAACUGUUAUUUUCACAUUCAUCUAUGAAUCUAUCCUUUAACACACUUUUGAGACUGAAAAAAUUUCCACUUAUAUAUCACAACAAAGCCAACCUCAGAUAUCAUCAAGGCACUGAAUACUGUUAUUUGUACUUACAACAUGGUAUUAAUCUAAUGUAAUGAGUUGACACAUAUUUUGAUUUCAGCUCUGCAGGUUAGUAAACUCAUGAAU